AUUGAAUCAGUACUUUUUAAAGUGAAUUGGCCAAAUUGGCUGACUGUACCGGUAAAGGAAGACCCAAGCUCCCCUGCUGCGCCGGAAAAGACCGUCCGCGUUUCCAACAACGCCGGAGAAGGACCUGCGCGUGACGGAGGAGGAGCUCAGGUUGAAUGGUGAUAUAGAUAUGAUGUUAUGUGGAGUGUAGACUGAUAUGGAGAGACCUCAUUUGUCGGGAAACAAGAAUAUUACUCUAUAGAUCAAGAGUUAGCUGCAUGGGCUUCUCCCCACUGGCAAGAAAGUCAUGUUGCUAUUCUACUUCCACGAUUCUUAAAGGAUCAAAGGAAGAGAAUGCAUAUGUGCUACUCACCAAAAUUAUGCUCAGUUGUUGUGAGAGUGUACAAAUCACUGAGGUGGGAGACAGCUAGAGAAAUUAGAUUCGGCAUAGCAACAGAAAUGUAUGGUCUUUUCGAAUCAAUCAAUGCCUUUAUGAUGUGUGUUCAUAUCUUUGCAUGUGUUGGAAUGCAUAUGGAAGUGUAUGCAAUGCUUAAAGAUAUUGUUCUCAAUUUCCCAAAGGGCGAGUUUGAUUUAGUUGAGAUAUUUCCACUUUUUUUGGCUUCACCCAAUGAUUCAAAAGUAUCCGCUUUGGUGGUUGAUGUUCUGAUCAAGGUAUUUGCUGCGAAUAAAAUGUUUGAAGAUGGUGUUGAUGCAUAUUUCAAGGGUAGAAAACUUGGGUUUGGAUUAAGUAAUUUCUCAUGCAAUUUCUUACUGAAAUGUUUGGCCGAAGCAAGAAGGAAGGAACUUCUACAAACAUUCUUUGAAGAGAUGAAGAGAUUUGGCCCAUCACCCAAUGUUUAUACGUAUACAAUUAUGGUGAACUUCUACUGCUGUAAGAACCAUGCUCAAAUGGAUCUAGAAAAAGCCACUGAUAUUAUGAUGGAAAUGGCUAAGAGAGGGAUUAGUCCAUCUGUUGUAACACACAGCGUUUAUAUCCAUGGACUUUGUAGAACUGGUUGUGUUUACUUUGCUUUGGAUUACCUUCGAGACAUGAGGCAUAAAAAUGAAUUGCUAAAUUCGUAUUGCUAUAAUGCUGUUAUACAUGGAUUGUGUGCAAAAGGUGAACUAGUUGAGGCCACUAAUCUUUUUGAAGAAAUGAUGAGUAGUGGAGUUCCACCAGAUUUGUACAGCUAUAGCAUUUUGGUUGAUGGAUUUUCGAAACAGGGCAACACUGAGAAAAGUCUUUCUUUAAUAAUGGAGAUGGAAGCUACUAACAUAAAACCGUCCCUGGUUACUUAUAGUUCACUCUUGAAUGGUCUUUGCAGAAGUGCAACAAUGGAAAUCUCACUUGAUUUGUUUUAUAAGAUAGAGGAAUAUGGUUAUAAGCAUGACCAGGUUGCUCACAAUAUCUUACUAAACGGGUUUUGCUUGCAUGGUGAUUUGUUCUACGCUCAUAAGUUCUUGGAGAAGAUGAUCAAUAAUAACAUGACUCCUAGUGCUUUAAAUUAUAACAACUUGAUUCAUUCUUUUUGCAAGAUUGGCUCCAUUGGUGAAGCCUUGAAGCUUCUCAGAGCUAUGAUAAAAGAAGGCCAUUACCCUGAUAUCUUUACCUUCAAUUACAUUAUUCAUGGCUUCUGUAGUGAAGGAAAAACAGAGAAGGCACUAGAAUUAUUUCCUUUGAUGCUUAAGAUGGAUAUAUUGCCUGGGGUUGUGAACUAUGGCACGCUUAUUAAUGGUUUUACUCAACAGUUCAAUAUUAAGAAGGCCUUGCAGGUGUACACAAGAAUGUUAAAAGUUGGGGUUACACCAGAUACAACUCUGUAUACAAUUCUCAUUACAAUGUUUUGCAAAAUGGGUGAACUAAAUGACGCCUACAGACUUUUUAGGGAAAUAACCUUUCAGGGAUUGAGACCUGAUAAUGUCUCGUACACGUCUGUUAUAGCUGGAUUUUGUAGAGUUGGAGAUAUGAGCAGAGCAUUGAGAUUGUUUAAUGAAAUGGCACUUGGGGAAAUCUUGCCUUCUGUUGUUACUUAUACUUGUCUAAUAGAUGGAUACUGCAAGGUCAAUCGUAUAGAUAUGGCCAACAUGGUGCUAGAUGAAAUGAGAAGGAAGAACAUUCCUCCUGAUGUCGUGACAUAUGCUAUCUUGAUCCGUGCAUACAAGAGACUUGGACAAGUGAAUAGGGCUUUGGAGCUGUUAGACCAAAUUAGGAAUGAAGGCAUCAAUUUGGAUGUUGUUGCAUUUAAAACUUUAUGUCAUGAUGACUGAUUUCUGAGAGAAAAAAAUGGUAAAAAAAAGCUUUUCUUCGUAAGUUUGAAGAAGACUGUGCCAUCAAGUGUAGGGGAAUGCUUUGACCACCAAGGAGUGAUGGUUUGAUGGGAUGUAAAGCUACAUUACUGAACUCAUGGUGAAGCCUUCUAGUCAUGAAGUAUGCCUUUGACAAGAAAUAUUAUAUGUAAGUUGUUUUGUUGUUUCCAUUAUCACAGCCUUCUAGUCAUGAAGUAUGCCUUUGACAAGAAAUAUUAUAUAUAUAUACUCUUACAUGAUAAAUAAAGAUUUGAAGGCAUUGAAGGCUGACCUGAUAUAUUCAAAUAAGCACAAUAUGAUCAUUGACAAAGUGCCUCGAAAAUGUUGGCAAUGGGUAGGAGGAUACGUUGGUGUUUAACGACCCUUGGCUUCCUAUGUUCAGAAUGCCAACCCCUUUGCAACACCCAACUUGGAGCUGGGACACUCCAAAUUGGAAGACAUUGCUGCUAGGGAAGACCCAAACCUCUUCUUAGUUCAGUCCAUUGGCAGUGGGAUGAAUUAGGAGCAGACAGAGUAGACAGGAUGGAUGUGGGGU